AUGGCUACAGCUAUGCAUUCCGCUCAUCAUGCAAGGAUGAUUGCAGAUACAGUAGCGAAAUUCUGCAAAGGAGAAAUGGUUGAUGAUCUUGUGUUUCCCAUUUGUGCUGCUUGCAGCGCACCCCAGAGAGGUGCUAAAAAACUGCAGUGUUCCAAGUGCAAAGCUAUCCACUACUGUAAUAUUCAGUGCACAACAAAGGAUUGGAAAGGGGGGAUAGUGAUUUCAACAGGUGAUGUGGGGGAAUGUCACAAAGAUAUUUGUGGUACACUUAAACAUUUCAUUCAAUUCGACAGGGCCCGUGAUGUGUGA